UGAUUACAUUUCUAUGCCAAAACCAAAACCUAUUCAGCAAAUAUGAACAUGUGCAGUCUUCAGGGUUUGUUCCUGGUGUUGCAGCUGAACCAAAAUCAUCAGUGUGUGUGUGUGUGUGUGAGUAAACAGUCAACAGUGUUUGGAUGAGCUGUAUAUUGGCAGCGGAGCAGGUGAAGGAUUAUUAGCAUCCAUGGCUACUUAGCCACACUACCAUCAGGUGACCUCACAGCUGAUCAACCAACCACAAAGCUCCCAGAGGCCGUCAGGGCUCAGCACAUGAUCCACCUGUCACUCCAAAGCCCCGGGAUGAAUCUCAAACCUGCACAUGAGCCUCCUCAGCCAUCCAUCUGUUUCUGCUUUAUCUCACUUCAUCUCCUCACUCUGGACUCAGGCUUCAGGUUUCAAAUCAUUUAAAGGGAAAGAAUCGUUCUGAAUCCAGGUUUUGAGAUUAAACAGGAGGAAGAAGAGAGAAAAAUAAAGUAAAGGAGGGUGAGGUUUUAUUCUGAGGUUCACCCUAAGACACUCUCCCUCAGCUGGAUCAGAUCAGAGACAGACGGAGGAGGCUGUGAUCGUCUGGAGUGUUUCUUCACAGAGCGACUCGGCUGCUGCGCAGAGAAACGACACCAUGCCAACUGUCAAGAGCAAGAAGAAGAAACCGAAGAAGGAGGUGACUGAUGGAGAGGAGCAGGGAGAAGGGGUGGAGGUGGAGAUGGAGGAAGUGGCCAACAGGAGCCACUCUGACAGUAAAGAGCCUCUGACUCCAGAGCCGCAGGAUCCAGCACCACUCAAGAAGAAGAAAAAGAAGAGGACGCCUACAAUUGAUCAGGAAACAGAGCACGCAGAUGUGCCAAACGGUAACAUGGCCGAGCCGGAUGCAGGCGGAGAGGAAACGAAUGUUGCUGUAACCAGAAAGACAAAAAGGAAGAGGAAGGCGAGGACGGCAGAACACCACAGCAAUGAUCUCGGAGCUGAAGAUGAUGAUAUCAUCACCGACGCUCCUUCGCCAAUCCCCCAGCAUUCCCUGUUCUCUGCUCCACACGGACACAGCCAGCCAGUUGGCAAAGUCUUCGUGGAGAGGAACAGGCGUUUCCACCAGGCAGAGCGAGUUGAGCAGCUCCGACACUCAGAGCUGAUGGAGGACUACAUGGACCCCCGACAGCUCUGGACCACCAGAGACGUGGCUAUGAAGGUUCACAGUGGCUUCAGGGUGAUCGGUCUCUUCUCUCACGGGUUCCUGGCUGGUUACGCCGUGUGGAACAUCAUUGUUGUGUACAUACUGGCGGGUGAGCAGAUGACCACUCUGCCCAACCUGCUGCAGCAGUACCACCCUCUGGCCUACCCAGCUCAGUCUCUGCUCUACCUGCUGCUGGCCAUCAGCACCGUGUCUGCGUUCGACAGGGUGAACCUGGCCAAAGCCUCCAUGGCUCUGAGAGGAUUCCUCACUCUGGAUCCUGCUGCUCUCGCUUCUUUCUUAUACUUCAUAGCCCUGAUCCUGUCCCUCAGUCAGCAAAUGACCAGCGAUCGUAUCCACCUCUACCCAACAGCCAAUGAGACGCUGUGGCCUCCAGGGUCGGAGCAGCAGAUCCUGCGGCCGUGGAUCGUAGUGAACCUGGUGGUGGCGCUGCUGGUGGGCCUGGCCUGGGCCGUUGUCUCCACCCGACCCGACAUCGACUACACAGAAGAGUUUUUGAUGACAAUGGAGGUGGAGGGAUUCCCGAGAGGAGACGAGAAUCUGGACAUACCUGCCUGAAAAACCACUUCCUGUCUGUCUGUCUGUUUAUCUGACUCAAACCAGCUAUCCUGCCCCUUCAAUGUAUAUUUUGUACAUGUUAUUUAGCACUUUGUAUUCCUAAGUGUGAUUUUGUAAAUAAAGAUAAACAAUAUUAUGUACAGUA